AUGGCUGCUGGAAGGUUACUGCUGUAUGCUGGCCUCUCUUUAGCUCUGUGUGCCCUGGGCAUGCUGGCUGUGGCGAUCUGCUCUGACCAUUGGUAUGAAACUGAUGCCAGGAAGCACAGAGAGAGAUGCAAGAGCAUCACCACCAAGAGAAAUGAUCCUGGCUUCAUUUAUAACUCCAAUAACAACCUGCCUCUCAGGGCCAGCAGGUCUAGGUUAGACCGUUGGGAAGGGAAACUCCUCUUGGCAAGAAACAGGAGGCAGAUCUUCGCUAUGAGCGCAGUCGAUGAGUGCAACAGACAGUACAACUCGACCAACAUGGGGCUCUGGAGGAAAUGCCACCGACAAGGAUUUGACCAAGAGCUGGAGGAGCUGAUUGCCAAAGGAGCAAUUGAGCGGUGCACAUACAUCAAGUACCACUACUCCUCAGCAACCAUUCCCAAGAACCUUACCUACAACAUCACCAAGACAAUCCGCCAGGAUGAGUGGCAUGCCUUGCAUCUGCGCAGGAUGACAGCUGGCUUCAUGGGCAUGGCUGUGGCCAUCAUCCUCUUUGGAUGGAUUAUUGGGGUGCUGGGGUGCUGUUGGGAUCGAGGCCUUAUGCAGUAUGUGGCAGGGCUUCUCUUCCUCAUGGGAGGAACCUUCUGCAUCAUUUCACUGUGCACGUGCGUGGCUGGAAUCAACUUUGAGCUCUCCCGCUAUCCCCGCUACCUGUAUGGACUUCCUGAUGACAUCAGCCAUGGCUAUGGCUGGUCCAUGUUCUGUGCGUGGGGGGGCCUGGGCCUCACUCUUAUCUCUGGCUUCUUCUGCACUCUGGCCCCUUCUGUCCAACCUGUCCCCAGGACCAACUGCCCCAAAUCUAGACCUGAGAAUGGGACAGUGUGCUAGAACAAAUAGCAAACAAAUACACACGUACAUAUAUAUAUAUAUGUCUAUGUAUACCUAUACAUGCAUAUAUAUGUAUAUAUAAUUAUAUAUAUAUAUAAUCUCAAAUUAAUGCCAGUGCCAAGGUAGAGCUGAGUCCAACACAGCACUCACAUCUCCACUGGACUCUGUUGCUUCGUUCUUUCUCACAGUGAUGGGAAAGCUUUUCUCUCACAUGGCUCUUCCAUCCAACUCUUUUCAGCAGCGUACCUUAGAGAUCGAAUGAACAUACAGUUGCAUCUACCUACUGCCAUUUGGAAAGGGGAACAGGGGGUCCAUGUGGGGGAUCUGGAACCAGAAUCUGUACAGGACAUGGAGGGUGGGGUGGGGUGAGGGCAAAAGAAACCUGUCCAUUGCAUCCAGAAAGAAAAAUGCAAACAGCAAGCAAAGGAACAAAUCAAGCAUUUGAGCCAACUUUACAAUGCACCUCCUCAAGGCCAUUAUCAGAAACCCACCCUCUUUCCUUUUUUUUCUUAAAACAAAAUGACAAAA